AAACAAGUUCCCUUGGAAAUUCAGGAACAUGCACAGCAAAACCAAUGCCUAUAUAUGAUGUUGCUGUUGAAGUGGCUAUACAUGUUUAAUGUUACUUAAAAUCCUGUUAUGGGUGGGUUAGCUAAGAUAAGAAAAGAGCAUGUUGUGAUCCUGGUGGUGGUAAUAGGAUUGUGUAGCAGUGUUGUUGAAAGUAGGAAACAUGUGAGCAUCAAGAACAGGCUUGGAGCUGGAAACAACAUCACUCUGCAUUGCCAGUCCAAGGACAAUGAUCUGGGACAACAAAACAUAGAAAACGGGAAAGAGUUUGGGUGGGACUUCUCAGACAAUGUUUUUGGAACAACACUGUUUUUCUGUGAUGUGGGGUGGGAAAAGGUUAAGGACUAUCAUUUUAAUGCUUAUUCCUUCGGCAGGGACAGAGUACGAUGUGAUGGUGUCGGAUGUUCAUGGCUCCUAUCUGCUGAAGGCAUUUAUGGCUUCAAUGGACAAACGGGUUUCUGGGAAUUCAUGUACCCAUGGCCAAAUUAAUCACAUGUA